UCCAGGCUGCAGAGGGGUGGACGGCAGUCAGAACAGUAUCAUGGAACUCAGCUUUCUCUUACUCCUCACUCUCCUCAUGGGUCUCUUGGUUCUCCUGUUCAGGGGCCACCCAAAGGCCCAUGACUACCUCCCACCAGGCCCACGUCCUCUGCCCUUCCUGGGGAACCUUUUGCAGAUGAACAGAAAAGGCUUGGUCAAAUCCAUCUUGCAGCUCUGAGAGAAAUAUGGAGAUGUCUUCACUGUGUACCUGGGGCAGAAGUCCGUGGUCAUGCUGUGUGGGCCAGAGACCAUACGGGAGGCCCUGGUGGACCAAGCUGGGGCUUUCUCUGGCCGGGGGACAAUUGCUUCCACAGAGGCUAUCUUCCAGGGAUACGGUUUGAACUUUGCCAAUGGGGAACGCUGGAAUGUCCUUCGGAGAUUCACUUUGGCCACCAUGAGGGACUUUGGGAUGGGAAAGUGGAGCAUGGAGGAGCGGAUUCAGGAGGAGGCUCAGUGUCUGGUGGAGGAGCUGCGGAAAUCCCAGGGAGGCCUUGUGGACCCGUUGUUCCUCUUCCAGUCUGCCACUGCCAACAUCAUCUGCUCCAUUGUCUUUGGCAAACGCUUUGACUACAAAGACCGCCAGUUCCUGAGGCUGCUAGACCUCAUCUAUCAGUCCUUUGCACUCAUUAGCUCCUUUUCCAGCCAGAUGUUUGAGCUCUUCCCCAGCAUCCUGAAACACUUUCCUGGAAUGCACAGGGAAAUCUCCAAAGUUUCACAGGAAAUCAUCACUUUCAUUGGCCACAGUGUGGAGAAACACCAGGAAACCCUGGACCCCAGUGCUCCCAGAGACUUCAUUGAUGCCUACCUGCUCCGCAUGGAGAAAGACAAGUCUGACCCCCACACUGAGUUCCACCACAAGAACCUCGUCCUGACCUCACUUUCACUGUUCUUUGCUGGCACGGAGACCACCAGCACAACUCUCCGCUAUGGCUUCCUGUUUCUGCUCAAAUACCCCCACGUCGCAGAGAGGGUCCAUAAGGAAAUUGAACAAGUGAUUGGCUCACACCGCCAGCGAGCCUUGGAUGACCGAACCAAGAUGCCAUACACUGAGGCAGUCAUCUGUGAGAUUCAGAGAUUUGCAGAUCUGGUACCUAUUGGUUUGCCCCACGUGGUCACCAAAGACAUUCACUUCCGAGGGUUCAUCAUCCCCAAGAUGAGCCUAGCUGGGCUCCCACAUCUUUGUAACACUGAAAUAUUCCCAAUCCUGACCACUGCUCUCCAUGACCCACGUCACUUUGAAAAACCAGACACCUUCAACCCUGAUCAUUUUCUGGAUGCCAAGGAGGCACUGAAGAAGAGUGAAGCUUUUAUGCCCUUCUCCAUAGAGAGGGUCCACAAGGAAAUUGAACAGGUGAUUGGCCCACACCACCAGCCAGCCUUGGAUGACCGAACCAAGAUGCUAUACACAGAGGCAGUCAUCUGUGAGAUUCAGAAAUUUUCGGACCUCCUACCCAUUGGUGUGCCCCACAUGGUCACCAAAGACAUUCACUUGAGAGGGUUCAUCAUCCCCAAGGGAAGCGUAUUUGCCUUGGAGAAGGCAUUGCCCGUGCUGAACUGUUCCUCUUCUUCACCACCAUCCUUCAGAAUUUCUCCAUUUCCAGCCCAGUGGCUCCUGAGGACAUUGACCUCACACCCCAGGAAGUUGGUUUGGGCAGAAUACCCCCAACGUACCAGGUUCACUUUCUGCCCCACAAGGUGGAAUAAUGGAAGAGGAAUAAAGGAUUACAGGGUCAUUAAGUGCCCUAAUUCUGUAGAGAAUGACCCCUCACUUCCUGCCUCUGAGAAACCUUUUGUGAAUCAACAUCCUUCCCCCUACCUGGUUGCUACUCCAUGCAAAAGUUAUUUCUGUCAUCUUCCUUCCAUACUGUUUGUGGUUCUUCCAAACUCUAUACUGUGUUCCUUUCCCAUGUGAAUAAAGUUGCAGAGGUUAGAACUGGGUCAACAAUAA